GCGAUAAUUUUAGUCACAGAUUGAAAUUAAUGCCGCGGAAAAGCUGUGCGUAUGGAAAGAGGUAGAAGGAUAUACGGAAACCAUGGAUUUAGUCGGCAGUCGGUUCUCUCUCUUACUUACCAUUGAGAUACUAACUCUGACUGUGUAUGUUUUCUGCAUCCUACUGAACGUGAUAUGUGGUUCCAAGUUUUCACAACGUGAUACUAUUUUCUCUGCGGUGGUUUUUGUGGUGUGCUGCGUCAUUCUUGUUGCCACUGUGGUGCUUGCUUGCAGAGCGCGUACAACUACCAGAAUUACACAGACCACGAAAGCAUAUAGAAAGUUACAGCAAUCAAACCAGAGUCACUAUGCUUCGGAUUGUGCUAUUUGCUUAUCACCAAAAGACCCAACACUUUCGCCAAUAGCAAAGCUGGGAUGUCACCAUGAUUAUCACAGAGACUGUAUUGAAGAAUGCUUCAAGAAGACACGAGACCCACGCUGCCCUAAAUGUCGCCGGGCUCCCUCUGAUAUACAUGUAUCCUCUCUGACGUCACAGUCGUGUCCAACUUCUCUUUCGGCACCUGUAGAGUCAAGUGUUAAAAGAGGGAUCCUGAUGUCAAUGGAGUCAAUUGUAUAGCAUUCGUUUAUUAUUUACUGCAGAACUGUGCUGAUGAACAAACCCGUCAUCAGAACCUGUCUCUAGGAGGAAGAAGGCUGCAGUUUAAAUACUACUGGUUUUCUCCAAAUUUGGCUUGUUUGCAUGACCCUCUAUGGUUAGAAAGACUUUGUCAUUUCUUCAGUGUACACGAUGACGUCAUGAACUAUAUCGUUCAAGUGGGUUGAUUUUACUUGCCAAUGUGCGUUUGAGCUAAACUGUAAACGAAUAAGUAUAGUGUGAACUCUUACGAGAUUUUCUAUU